AUGGGAAAAGCCGGUCGCGUUGCGUGUAUCUUCACGCCCUAUGUCUUGACCAUUGCAUCAUUAAUCUGCAUCAUUAUGGUGGGAUUGGGUUGCACAAAAGCCAGUUCUGAUACCUUGAACAAUUUAUACUUCAUUCGGCUCGACCUCUCAAACAUAAGUCAAGGAUCGGGGGUUACAUCAGAAAUCACAGACCGUCUAGCGGAUGCUGGCAUCACUUCCGUCACCGCAGAAGAGGUCUCGGCGACCAUCAAAACCUUCCAGGAUGAUGGCAACAUCGCUGAUUUCUACGACAUUGGUCUCUGGGGCUACUGCGAGGGAAAUUCCACCAACGGCAAGGAUACCGUCUCCACCUGCACAGACCCCAAGGCCCAGUUCUACUUCAAUCCGUCUUCAAUCCUUGGCAUGAGCGAGGCCCAACUUGAGAAGGAGCUUGGCAGCGGCAUGAAGAAGACCAUGAAUGUUUACAAGGCUGUCUCCAAGUGGAUGUUCAUUGCCUACCUAGUCGCCUUUAUUGCCACCUGCGCCCAAGUCCUGCUUGGUAUCUUCGCUAUCUUCAGUCGCUGGGGCAGUUGCGUCACCACCAUUGUCUCGAUUGUUUCGUUCCUCUUCACCCUUGGCGCAUCCCUUACCUCGACCAUCAUGUUCUCCAUCGCAAAGGGCUCCCUCGGCACAGCCCUCAAGGUCUAUGGUGUUGAGGUAGACCUGGGUAAGAACAUCUACGUCGCCACUUGGCUUGCAGUCGCGUUCUCACUGGCAGCCACCUUCUUCUGGAUGUUCAGCACCUGCUGCUGCUCCGGCCGCUCACCCUACGGCCACAAGGAUCGCCACAACACCCGCGGCAGUAUCACUGCAGAGAAGGCUCCCUACACUUAUGAGCCCAUCGGUGCCGCCCACCCUCCUUUCGGUUCUCAGCAGCCCCAGCACGGUUACUCUACCUCCUACCCUCCUCCCCCCCACCACAAUGAUAUCCCCAUGACCCACCACAACCAGCAGUCAAGCGCCUACGAGCCCUUCCGUCAUGCGUAA